AUGGCAGACCCUAGCUUCGGUGUACCCGCGCAACUCUUGCCUCAUGUGCACCUCAUUUCAGGCCACAAGUAUCCCUUUUCUCCGCAACUCAGCAUAGAUGGCGCAUACAGCUACCUUUUCGAAGCGCCCAAGGUGGUCAAGCAGGUUGCUCCCAUGUCAUGGCAGUACAUAUCUGCACCACAAGAUGGAACCGUCUUCUUGACUUGGAUCGGUGGCCGCAUGCAGAACCAGUUGUUCCCCACGGAUGGCUAUGUUUGGGUUGACCCUGAACAGCGCUACACUCAAGACUUUGGCGGCUACACAUUGGAGAUCGCCUAUCACAACAGCGGUUACCGCCUUGGAGUCGACAGCGUCACUAGCCAUGCCCGCAGACGUUACCGCUUCAUGUCUAAGAACCCUUCAGUCCACGCCCUGCCUCCAGACCCAAGUCUCUGGCUCGUUCACUACAGUCAGGCUGAUCCUCAGCACUGCUUCCCCACAUCACAGUUGCCCGUGUCUCACCAAUCGCGCCAGCAACUCGCCGAACGUCAGUGGAUCGAAUCCCAAGGCAGACUAGACCGUCAGGACUUCAUGCUACACGACCGCGAGAAGUGGCCGCAACUCAGCAUGCCCGGUCGUGCUGCUGUUCCCGGCGUGCCUGCUUACAACCAGAGCAUGUACCAACAAAGCCCCAUGGCUCACAUUGGCAACCCUCGCUUCUCCGGCAACUACUAUCAACAAGCCCAACAAGGACACACCGGUCCCUCGCCUGCUAAACGCGCGCGCCAGCACCCUCCCGCUCAGGUUCCUGCAUCGACCGCUGCUCUGAUGGCUCAAGAUACUAGCAUUGAGGACGAGGAAAAUGUGCUUCUUGGAGACUUGCUUGAUCACCUCACUCAACGCGACAUCAGUCUGACUCGCUACAUGCAGCACCACGAUUGGAUGGACGAGGUUUACUCUUCACCCUUUGCUACUGGCCAGAUUGUUCCUAUGGAUCUUGGUUUCGGCUUGAUGGGCGAACUAGCUGGCCUUACCGAAGGCUUGUUCGACACCUCCAACUCCGUUUUGGAGAAAGCUGAGGCCAAGUCGAAGGACACAUCAGCUUCAUACAAGAAGGUUACGUCGGAACAACUACAGGACUUUGAAAAGCGCGUGCAGGCACACAAAGAGAAGGAACAGAAUGAGAUCACACGCAUGAAGGAGGAACAUGCCAGGAGAAUGGACAGUCUCCGCAAGAGCAAGAGUCUGGUCAAGGCCGAGAAGAAGUUGAGAAAUGCUUCGUGGAAGACCCCAGGUUCGGGCAACGAGUUCUGGAGGUUGGAGAAGACGAACGAUCAAGACGCCAACCAGAUCAUUGAGCAUGUGGAGGAGUUGCUUGGCGGAACCAUCCAAGCUCAGAAGGAGGCUAUCAUGAUCAGCGAGGGAGGCUACCGCAAAGAAGAGAAGAGGACACCGCCUGCAGACACCGACAUGAUUGGUAUGCAGUUGGACGGCGCUAGCGGAGACGCAGCACAAUCUUUGCAAUCUGCUUCGGGUGCUCCUGUGGAGACAGCUCUACCGAUCGAGCAAGCGCAGUUGCCUACUCAGCAAACACCUGCCACUCUACAAGCACCUCAACAACCUCCGCAACCCCCACAAUCCAUCACACCCAAUGUGCCUGACACUAGCAUGGAGAACUUGGAGUCCAUGGACACUGGCAACUUCUCAUUACCAGAUGACAUGGAACUUGACACCGGCAACUUCACCUUCGACACACCCAAAACAGAUGUUCAGACUCCGGGAGCGUCAGCUUGGCCCGGGCAACAACAGCAAGCUUCAACACAACCGCAACAAUCUAUCAAUCCUCAACCCGAUACAUCCGGCCAAACGACCGGCGGUGACCUCUAUGCCGCUGGUGACGGAAACUUUGGUGACUUCGAUGCAGGAGAUGGCUUGAUUGACUUCGAGGGCGGCGCAGGUGAGGAUAUCGACUUCAGCAUGGACAACUCGGCGUUCGGAGAUGCCUUCCAUGGCACUGAGUCGCACGGACAAGAAGAUGGAGCAGGCGAGGGACAGUAG